AACUGAAUUUAGUUAUUGAAAGUUGAUCCCAGUUGUCAUAUAUUAGGUUCACUUGCCUGCUGAACAUGCGGUUUUAAGGACCUGGUAAAGGAAAUUGUCAUCAUUAGUGAUAUUUAUAAACAAAACGGACAAACAUGGAGUGUGACAAGGUCAACACUUCAAGUAAAGAAAAUGGAAUUAAUGGUCUGGAUAAAUUAGUUAACAGUGCAGAUGAUGUGCAACAGCCGUUUCUAGCUACGAAGCCGUGGCUUAUCCAAAAGGACAGUGAAACCAUCGAAACCACAGACUUAAAGUCCGGCGAGACAAUCAAGCGUGAACAAUGGUCGAGAAAUCUGGAGUUUAUGCUUGCAUGUGUUGGGUUUGCCGUGGGGCUGGGGAACAUUUGGAGGUUCCCGUACCUCUGCUACAAAAACGGGGGUGGGGCUUUUCUGAUCCCAUACCUGGUGUGUAUGCUGACAUGCGGGAUACCAAUCUUCCUAAUAGAGCUUGGACUAGGCCAGUACACCAGCAUCAGCAGCCUUCAAGCAUGGGGGCGUCUAGCACCGGCUUUCAAAGGUAUCGGCGUGUCUUUGCUUCUGGUGACUUUCUACCUGAACAUCUACUACAUCAUCAUCCUCGCUUGGGCAGCUCGCUACCUUGUCGCCUCCCUAGCAUCUGUGGCUGGUGAGCUGCCUUGGGCCUCAUGUGGUAACCACUGGAAUACUAACAGUUGUUUCACAAGAUUUUCUGAAAGUGGGAAUGUCUCGUUUGGAAACGAAUCCCAUGCUCUGAACGGCACCACCGACGCUGUCAUUGAAUAUUGGGAGCGACAUGUCUUACAGUUAUCGGACGGCAUUGACUCCCCUGGAAGUGUGGUCUGGGAGCUGGCGUUGUCACUCCUGGUCGUAUGGAUGCUUGUCUACUUCUGUGUAUGGCGGGGCAUCAAAUGGAGUGGCAAGGUUGUGUAUUUUACUGCCAUAUUCCCGUACCUGAUACUGACAGUGUUGUUCAUCCGAGGUGUUACCCUUGAUGGGGCAAUAGAUGGUAUCGUGUUUUACCUUCGUCCAGACUUCUCUCGUCUUACGGACCCGCAGGUAUGGGUGGAUGGAGGGUCCCAAAUCAUCUUCUCCUAUGCCAUAGCCUUCGGUGCUAUGUUGAAUCUCGGCAGCUACAACAAAUUCAGCAACAACUUUUACAGGGACUGUGUUAUCAUUUCCACGAUAAACAGUUGCACAAGUUUGUUUGGGGGAUUCGCCGUCUUCUCUGUCCUUGGGUUCAUGGCCCGAGAGCAAAACGUCACUGUUGCUGACGUUGCGCAGUCAGGGCCUGGUCUGGUUUUCAUGACAUAUCCUAAAGCCGUCAUCCAGAUGCCCGCAGCGCCGCUUUGGGCCAUUCUCUUCUUUUUCAUGAUUCUUCUAGUUGGUAUUGACAGUCAGUUUGUGGCGGUGGAGGGUCUACUGACGCCACUGUACGACUUGUUCCCCAAGCAGAUGUACCGUCCGCGCAACCGGAUGUGGUCAUCAGCGCUCUACUGCGGCGUCUCCUUCCUGCUAGGUCUCACAAUGGUAACGCAGGGUGGAAUGUACGUGUUUCAGCUCUUUGACUACUACAGUGCCAGCGGAAUUGUCGUGCUCUGGAUCUGCUUGUUUGAGUCCAUUAUUGUCGGAUGGAUUUUUGGAGGUGACAAGUUUGUUGACGCCACAGAGUUGAUGAUUGGUCGAAGAAUUCCUAAGUGGUUUGUCGUCUGUUGGCGUUAUGGUUCUCCCAUCAUUAUUAUGGCGAUCCUUGGAUUCAUGCUCGUUGAUUUCAAACCACUGACGUAUAACAAGACGUACGUCUACCCCGACUGGGCACAAGCGCUAGGCCUACUGAUGGCUAUAACGUCCAUGUUGUGUAUUCCCAUCGUCUUUAUGUGGACGUUUUACCAUACCAAAGGGUCACUGAGAGAGAGAUGGCGUGUGGUAACAUUCCCACUUUUGAAGGCCUACCAGAUACCAACACAUUGGACAGACGUGCAGGACAGGGAGGAGCCUUAAUAACGAUGUAGAUUUUGUCUUUUUUACAACGUUAGAUUAUUUUCAUUAGUCUGUCCCAUGUUUUGAGGAGGAUUGUGUUAGAUUGUUAUUCCUGUUUUUCGUCAUGAAUGCUUGUGGUACACCUUUCGCGUAUUCCCCUUGACCAGGACUUCUCAAACGUUUUCGGAGUCAAAGCAUAUGGGCAUAGGAGCAGCGAGGGCCACGAGAUUCCCUGACGGACUGAUUGUCAAGUUAGUAGACGGAAAAAGCAUAGAAAAAUGCCCACCUCACUUUUAACUUUCGUAACUCAUUAUAUGUAACUGUAGAGACACUAGGAAUGAAUAAGCUUUCAUAAUUAUUAAAGUUUCAUAUAAGGUUUCUUUACGGAGAAACAGCAGUUGUUUGUAACAGUAUAGUCAACAAUAUCAAAGCUUUCUUUGUGGACAUGUUUUAAAGCAAAUUGUUAAAAAAAAUGCAAUUUGCAAAAACAGAUUUGUACCUUAAUAUUUUAAACAAAAUGCAAUUUGGUUACUUUAUUGUAGUAGUUGAUACCUUCUUACAUUGUAUAUAAUUACAUAUUAAAAACAUUUGUUUUGUGCAGUAUACACUGUGCAUUGUGGAGAUUACGUAUCUAUUGGUGCAUAAGAACUAAUCGCAUAGUGUCACAGCUACAUUUAUAAUUAAGUAGCAUUAUAAUUUUCUGUUAAAACGAAAACAUAUCCGUUGUUUGUAAAACUUGGCACAAAUCAAAAAAGCACAUAUUUUUAUUUUAUUUUUGUUAUUUUUUAAAAUAAAUUUACUAAAUACCAUAAACAGAGCUCAUCUUUGUUGAUGGAUUACCUAAGUUAAUGUAAUACACCGUUUUUGUUAUAAAUAGAAAAUACUAUACUGUUAUUUAGAACUAUUAUAAAUGUAUCAUUUAUUAUACAUUACACAGAGCCCUGGUAUAAAUAUCAAUGUUUACUGUUAUAACGUGAAAUGAUCGUAUCACUCUAAAGUAUUUUAGUUUCAGUAAAACUUGCAUGAGUUCUUUACUGUUUCAUUUUCGAUAGUAAAGACAAUAUGCAUUACAUCUUUUUGUGAUCAUUAUACACGUACAUAAGUUCUUAAAAACAAAGAACAAAUAUACGCAUCUUACUCUAUUUUUUGACAUGGCUUAUACUUGAUACAUGUAUUGACAAGAUACAGAAACAAAACGAUACAUAUAAGUAUUGUAUAUAUGCUAUCCAUGAAAAGUUGUUAGCUCAGCUGUUGUGUGGCAUUUUAGUUAAUCGCUUCGCAAAUGACGUUUUAUACGUGUCUCUACAUUUUUUUCCUUUUAUUGUUCUUGAUAUUUGAAACAUGAAAAGUAAUACUUAGAUAUCAACCAAUAGCUCAAGGAUGUGCGUUUGUAUAGUUUUUUUAGAAGCAUUUGUAAAUUAUGCAAUUUGAUCGAACUCUUUCUGAUAUUUGUUUCCAGGAA